AUGUGUGGUGAAUGGGGGGGGGGGGGUAUUAAUUGGGGUUGGUUGGGUAUGGGGGGGUGGUGUGGUUGGUCUAUCUAUAAUCUAAUGGGUAUAGAUGUAGGAAUGGUUGUGUGUUUGGGUUGUUGGGUUGGUGGGGGGUGUUUUGUGGAGAGUUUGGUGGGUGGGGGGUGGGGGGUUGGGGUGGGUUGGGGGUGUGGUAGGGUGGUUUGGGGGGUUUUGGGGGGGUAG